UUGUGUUUUGUUGACAUAUGUUUGUGAAAGACAAAACAGUGGAAGCCCACGAAUGAUCUCUAGCUAUUUAGCUGGCCAGCUACUGUUAGUUAGGUUGUUAGCAACCAUUAAUAUCUAUUAGUUAAAUAUAUAAUAUUGGUUAUUCCAAUAGCUCGACAAAUAACGUUGAAGUCCAGGCCAUUUGAAUGUAGAAUUCUGCGAAUGGACCGUGAAGGGAACAAUAACGUUAAUAGCAGUACAUCAAGGCAAGGAUAAACGAGUAACGUUAACUGACUGGCAAGCAAGAAAAUAAGCUGAUCGAGGAGGAACAGUGGAGAAUGUGAAGGACAAUGGCGAACUUUGAAGCUUACCAGGAGUACCAGCGGAUUGAUGACUUUGAGGAGGACUCACCUCCCGGGGAGGAGGACCUAUUAGUGCAUGUGCCAGAGGGCCUGAGUGACUCAUGGCACCAUAUCAAGAAUCUGGACAACUUCUUUACAAGAAUCUAUCAGUUUCAUCAGAAAAAUGGCUUUGCUUGUAUGAUGUUAUCAGAGUUCUUUGAACUUUUUCAGUUCCUGUUUGUGGUCACUUUCACAACAUUCCUCUUCAACUGUGUGGAGUAUGAUAUACUGUUUGCCAACCGGGCAGUGAACCACACAGGACCUGGCCAGAACCCCCUGGACAGGAACAAGGUUUCUCUGCCUGAUGCCAUCCUACCAAGCCAGCAGUGCACUGAGAGGAUCCAGGAGAACAGUUGGAUCAUCUUCCUGCUCAUCAUGGCGACCAUCUUCUGGGUCUACCGGAUGAUCAAGGUCUUCUGCAACAUCCUCAGCUACUGGGAGAUACGCCAGUUCUACAUCAAAGCACUGAAGAUCAGUAUGGACGAGCUGUGUAACUUCACAUGGCAGGAGGUCCAGGACCGUCUGAUCAGCCUGCAGCGGGAGCAGCAGAUGUGUAUCCACAAGAAGGAGCUAACUGAGCUGGACAUCUACCACCGCAUCCUGCGCUUCAAGAACUACAUGGUGGCCAUGGUCAAUAAGUCACUGUUACCUGUACAGCUUCAGCUCCCCCUUCUGGGAAACCUGGUGUUUCUCACCCAGGGCCUCAAGUACAACUUUGAGCUGAUUCUCUUCUGGGGUCCGGGGUCGCUGUUCCAGAACAAAUGGAACCUGCACCCCAAGUACAAGCGAGCAGGGAACCGUCUGGAGCUGGCCCAGCAGCUGAGCCGGGUCAUUCUUCUACUAGGCGUGGCCAACCUGCUCCUCUGCCCCUUCAUCCUGGUGUGGCAGGUGCUCUACGCCUUCUUCAGCUACACCGAGGUCAUCAGGAGGGAGCCAGGGAGUCUGGGAGCACGCCGCUGGUCUAUGUUCGGCCGCCUCUACCUGCGCCACUUCAAUGAGUUGGACCACGAGCUGCACGGCAGGCUAGGCCGCGGCUACAAGCCCAUCUCCAAGUACAUGAACUCGUUCACCUCGCCGCUCCUCACCGUGCUGGCCAAGAACGUGGCGUUCUUCUCGGGCUCGGUGCUGGCCGUGCUCAUCGCACUGACCGUGUAUGAUGAGGAUGUCUUGACCGUGCAGCACAUCCUGACCGCCAUCACCGUGCUGGGAGUGGUUAUCACCAUCACCAGGUCCUUCAUCCCAGACGAACACAUGGUGUGGUGUCCGGAGCAGCUGCUGCAGUGUGUGCUUGCUCACAUCCACUACAUGCCAGACCACUGGAGGGGCAACGCCAACAAGAGCGAGACCCGGGACGAGGUAGCACAGCUGUUCCAGUACAAAGCGCUGUUUAUCCUGGAGGAGCUGCUGAGCCCCAUCGUCACGCCCUUCAUUCUCAUCUUCCUCCUGAGGAACAAGUCCCUGGACAUCAUCGACUUCUUCAGGAACUUCACUGUGGAGGUAGUUGGGGUCGGAGACAUCUGCUCCUUCGCACAGAUGGACAUCCGUCGUCAUGGGAACCCUCUGUGGAUGUCUGAGGGCCAGACAGAGGCGUCUGUGUACCAGCAGGCUGAGAACGGCAAGACUGAGCUGUCUCUGAUGCACUUCACCAUCAAGAACCCCCGUUGGCAGCCCCCCCAGGAGAGCUCAGUGUUCAUCAGCCAUCUGAAGGAGAAGGUGCACCAGGACGCCCAGGGAGGACCCCCCACCCAGCUGCUGCUCUCUGAGGCCCCGCUCUGCUCCUCACUGUUCUCCAACGGGUCCGGCAAUGAACCUGACAACCUAUUGGCAAGUGUCCUGGCCCACCCGGUGCUGACCGCGUCAGGCCUACCAGGCCGAGACCGCCGCUUCGUUCCUCCCAGCACGGCUGCCUCUGCCGCCGCCAGUGUCCUGGCCUCGCUAUCCAGCUCCCACUCUCAGCUCCCCCACGCCAGCCGCUCCCGCUCGCAUGUCCAUCUGCCUUCCACCCACCCCGACAGCACCAUGUACUGCAGUGACCGCACCAUCAUCGACAGCAUGUCAGCCAGUGAUUCUCGAAUGAAGAGCACUACAUUGCUAUCAGAGUUUGCCUCGGCUGAGAUGAGUCUCCAUGCUAUUUACAUGCAUGAGGUCCACCAACAGAACUCGCUCCCCCACCAGAGGACAUUCGGCCAGUGGCAGAACCCAGUGCCAAUGAGAGAGCUAAGCAGCAAUGCAGGUUCUCAGACGCACAGCGUCCACACAGCAGUCAGCCUGUCUAAUAUGCCCACCCCGCUGCGUCUGGGAGGCUGGACGGAGGAAGAGGAGGGGGAUGCAGAGGAAGAGGAAAUCCUCAACAGUGGGUCGACUCCUAAACAGGACUCUAGGAGUAGCUAUUGAAGUGCCUUAAAUAAAUGGUGUUUACACUUUCCUUUCUGGAUGAACAUUGUGGCCUUAGAUGAUCUUUUUGGAGUAUAGGAUAGAUAGGACCUUUAUGACGUCACACAGCACAGGCAGCUGGGGAACUCAUUGGAUAACCACUGUCUCCAUGCCUCUCCUCCUAUCACAUCAGGAGGUUUUGUCGUCAGGGAAACCAACCGUAUGUCUUCCGUCCCUCUCCAUGUCAUUGUUUUGUUAUAGAAUGUAUUUACAUCGCUCAUAGAGGUGUGUGUGUGUGUGUGCGCGCGCUCGCUUUGGGACUCUGGGAAAGAGUGGCAUGCACAGCUAGGACACUUGCAAGGCAGGCUUGAGCAUGGUACGCAGCAAAACCUGUCACACUUCUGUUGCAUAUUCAUGUUUUUUAAAUAUAUAUAUAUAUAUAUAAUAUAUAAGUUUGAUUUGUGCAUUUGGGAGGUUUACAAUAUGGGUCUGGGUUCACUUUCUCAUGGUGGAAAUGGUGUCUUUCCUGGUGCUGAAGAGACUAUGGAGUGAAGGUGUAUCAUACUAGCUGCCUGACCAUUUUCACUAUAUGAGGAAAGUUAAGUGCAAAAUUCUACAUUGGCAUAUGUGGCCCUUACUUAUUGCUUGACAUUUGUAAAUACACUUUAGCAUCUUACCUUUAUAUGAAUAUUUAAGUUUUGUUGUUUUUAGUCCUUGGGGCAGUUUUAAUCCUUGGGGAAGAUGGAAAAGUACUGAAAACAGUGACAUGAAGCAGGCUGCAACUAUACUACUGCUACUACAGAUAGGACCCCACUAGAAAAUAUGACAAAAGCCUACAGAUGCGCUAGAUUAAUUAACCACAAUGGGCCCACAAUGGGCCCAAUAUUAUUCUCUUUCUUUAAAAUCCUGGGUGACUCUAAGACAGGAUUCAACAUAUAAUAACUUGAUUAUUUUGUAUCAAAGUGUCUUCCAUGUACAGUCUCCACUGGCAACAGGGGUGUUAUACUUGACAAAGGUACAUACAUCAAGAUUACAUAUUUGCAGAGGCAGUAACUACAUUGUUGUGGGUAGGUAUGAGAAUAAGCUAUGGAGGGUUGCAUAUUAUGUACAGUAAAUCAAGAAGUGUUGUUGUAUACAUUGAUUUUGCAUGUAGUGCUCAACAUUUUGUUUACAAAACACUUUCCCCCAUGUACACACAGGUGAACUUUAUUAUUAUUUUGCAAUUACAGCAAUCAGAUCUUGAGGGUUAAACCUGUUGGUUUUCUGUUCUACCUGAUAGUUAACUGCACUCACUUGGUGUCCACAGUCUAAAUUAGUCCCUGAUUAGAGGGUACAAUGAAAAAAUGCAGUGGAACUAACUUUGAAAUCCAGAGUUGAGAUUGAGGGUUAUAGAGGAUGAUGUGAGCUGGCCAAUCAGCGGUCUACUCACGUUAAUAUUUUUAAUGACCGGUAUACACCCACACCAUUCUGUUGUUGGGGUAUGCCCACACCAUUCUGUUGUUGGGGUAUGCCCACACCAUUCUGUUGUUGGGGUAUGCCCACACCAUUCUGUUUUUGGGGUAUGCCCACACCAUUCUGUUGUUGGGGUAUGCCCACACCAUUCCAACACAGAAUAGCAUUCUUUUUAUAAAAAUAAUUUUACAUUCUUCAUUCAAAAACUGUGGAAGGAAAACAACUAUUUCACUCAUAUUGUAAUUCAUUAUAUGUCAUAUUUCAUAGAAAUCUGGUAACUGGACAGUUACUUUAAUAUAUUUCAUUUAGUAUUUAUUGUUGAAAAAUAAUCUUUAUAGUAAAUACAUUCAUACCAAAUAUGAUUGGGAUCUAAUGUUAAUAACGGAAUGUCUUAACAGAAAUCUUGAAGGCACCCAUGUAAAUCUAACUUGUUUUCCUUAAUGUAUGUCUCAUACAACAUUGAACAAAACUGAUUUUAAAAAUAUAUAUAUUUUUGUUGAAUUGCCUUUGACAAAACAUAUUUGGAUAUGCAACUUUGAAAUGAAACAAUCCUUCAUGUUGCUGGUUUCAUCAGUACAGUACAACUCAAAGGAGAGCAAACUUGUCUGCAUGUAAAUGCUGAAUGUAACCCAGCCAUCAUCCCUAGAAAUACGUGGCAUGAUGUAUCACUGGUACUGUAGCCAGAACAGUUUAUUGAAACAUUACACUAAAGCUCCAUUACUGCUACUGUAUCCAUGUCCCACUGAUACAAUAACCUAGUCCACACCUAUAUGUAUAUCUCUGUAUCCUCCACAAGAUUUUAGUCAUUUAGCAGCUGCUCGUAUCCAGAGCGACUUACAGUAGUGAGUGUAUACAUUUUUGUUUUGGUUCCCCCGGUGGGAAUCAAACCCACAGCCCUGGCAUUGCAAGCACCAUGCUCUACCAACUGAGCCAAACAGGACCACUAUUGUAAGACUAGAGAGUAUAUGUGUUUGAUGACUUUUUCCCUUCAUUUAGUUUUUUUCAUUUGUGUUUUGAAGUGGUGUGGAUGUAGACAUCAACCUAACUAUGCUAAGCUAACGUCGACUCAAAAGUUUUGCACUGAUUGAAAAUAAAAAUUAUAUUGAUAGAGACCUGCAUCAAACUAUAUUUUCGAUCAAGCCGAGGUCUCAAAGGAACAGUGAGUGGAACUCCCUUCCUGAAUGGCCUCUCUCACUAUAUAUAAUAACCAUAUGUAGGAUUGUUAUCAUCCAUACCGUGGGCCUAUCACAGACCUGGUUGUUGUUACCUCUGGUCAGCAACAGUUCACCAAUUAGUGGGGAAUGUCUGUCAAUGUUUUAAGUAACAUUAUAGGCCUUGUCAAUGCCACAUAUGGUAUUGCUGUUGGUGUUCCAUUGUUUUACUGAUGUAAUGAGUUUUAGGGGAGACGUGGUAGUUCAUGAGCCUUGCCAGUUUCCAUAGCUAGAUUGCACUGCCUCUCCCUAUCUUUUUUUAUUUGAUUAUUUUGCUUUAUUUUGAGCAGUGCCUUAGGGUUAGCUUUAGUUCUUAUUAGAAACCAUUGAAACCGUCAGCUCAUUUUACUUUGUAUUUUAGCAGCACAUAAUGUACAGUAUUUCUUUUGGCAGGAUUGUCAUGUUUUGGCACCAAGUAUACAGUGGGUAUUCUAAUAUUGUUGAUGAGUCCUGGGUAACAUGAACUACAACAGACUGAUAUUUGACAUCAAAGUAGUCAAAUCACUUUCACCUGAUGACCAGAAUUAAUCUGAUCAAAGUGUUUCCUUCUGUACUGUCUGCCUCCCCAGUCCAAAAGAAUCAGUUGGGGAGGGGAAAUGUUCUAUACCCCUUUCAUUUAUGUUUGAGGCUCCCCAUUCAAUAUCAUUGCUUCUUAUCCACUACAAACCAGUCCCCCCCCAAAAACAUGUUGACUGGUACAAGGUGCUACGUUUUCAUAUUCUUAGUGUUGAAUAGAUUUUGAGCCAUCUAUUCUUUGUUGCUUAGGUUUGUUCUUUUUGUUUGUUUUGUUUAAUUUAAGAAACACUAGCUGAGAAUGAACAAUGCCAAAAUAACUUGUUUUCAGCAAAGCUUUAUCAUACACAUUUUAUUUGUUUUCUGUAACUGAAUAGGCAAAUGAAUUCUUAUUGUGUGUAUUUAAUCAUUGAAGUGUGUCCCAAGAUCUAAUGUACUUGAUUUGAAAUAAAACAUGUAAUAUACA